AAUCAAAAGAUUGAAGGGAUUAGAGAUAGGCUAGAUACAAGAGGCUCAUCGCUGAGAUUCAGCCUUCUGAGGCUCAUCCUCUAAUUUUCUCCCUUAGUUCACUAUCUGGGAAUGGAAUGACGAAGCUAUACCAAGGACAGAGAGAAAGAUGCGACUUAAAAAAGCUCUCAUAUUCUCUUUGGCACAAGAUUAAACAUAAAGAAGCUUGGAAUCUUCAUGAGGAAAACCAAGAAGUGAAACUUGUUGACAGAACAUUAUCUGAAGCGAAUGAGGACGAAGUAAAAAGAAUUAUAGGAGUCGCUCUUCUGUGCAGUCAAACAUCACCUGGUUUGCGGCCUUCAAUGUCACGUGUGGUGUCAAUGCUUUCUGGAGACAUUGAGGUGCCCCCAGUCACUUCAAAGCCUGGAUACCUAACUGAUUGGAAAUUUAGGGAUGUAACAACCUUUAUGUCGAACACAGAGAGUUCAACUUCAAGAACUGAUGUUAGUCAGGGCAAUCCAUCAAACGUAACAAGCAGGGCAAUCACGGAUCCAUCUUAUUCACCUAUCAUUGAUUCAAAACCCAUUCUUCAGGAGAUUAUUGGCGACGGCAGGUGAAAUUUAAUAGUGUAGCAGUAUAUUCUGGUUGAACAUAAAUAAGCAUUCCUUUAGAAUUAAAAUUUUAUGGUGGUGGUUAAAUAUUUUCAAUUUUCAUGGUAUUGUGAUAAUUUCCCUAUUGUAGUGAUAAUGUGAUGUUAUUUUCUUAUUAGUAUGUUUGUAAUAUUAUAGGAUCUUUACUUUUACAUUUGUUUGUCUUUCUAUAACAUGAAACAUUUAUACAAUUUCAGUAGUUUUUUCA